AUGAGCUUAGCGCUUAACUUCCGCAGCUGCUGCGUAAGUUUUACCCGGCUUCCCACGUUGCGCGCCAACGCCGUGCAUCUCAGCUGUCAUCCCCGCCGGACCGUCGUCGCAGUUACUCGUUCGGGUCUCAUCCGACCUGAAGGAGCCACAGCUCUCCACCGCGCAGCACCUCUCCAGGGAUUGCCAGCCGUCCGCCGACUCCCUUCAGUUCGCAAGCCUCCAGCUGCUCACCACUCACCAGUCGAUAAUCACCAGCUAGCCGUCAACAAACGGCUAACCGGCAGUCAGCUGCCAGCUACGAUGAAGUCAGGUCGGGGAGGUAGCGGUGCCAAGAAGCCUGGCGUUUCCGCUGCUGCUGACGGCCGCGGUCAACGGUCCAUUGCCUCGUUCUUUGGAGGCAAGGACCAAUCAGGAACCGCGGGGAAGGCUUUACCUGGGGGCGGCCAGAGGUCCAUCUCCUCGUUUUUCGGUGCAAAAGGGAAGGCUGCUGCUGUUGGGGGUGGUGGUGGUGGAGGUAAAUCCGAGGUCGAGGGUCCGAAUCCCAGUGCAGUGGAUAAAGCAAGCGAGGAGUUGAAGGAGACGGCAUUGAAGAAGAAAGAGCCUUUAGAGUCAGCAGCAGCAGCAGCAGCAGAUUCUCCAGUACCCACACAGACUGCUAAAGGGGCUGUUGAAAACGGGGAUGGAGCAGUGGCAUCUGCAGGGAAAGAAGACACCCGCGCUGAGGAGGCAGUGGCGGAGGAAGCUUGGGGGGAAGAGAUGGCGGACGCGGAAGCAGUAGGGGGAAGGGAAGGCGGAGGGGGAAGCGCAGGAGGAGGAGCAGGGGAAGCAGUGACUGGCGGAGCUGGCGCAAGGCGGUUGAAGCGGCUUAGGAAGGUUGGGGAGGGGGCGCGGGGAGCGGGGAAAGGAAGAGAGGAAGGGGCAGGUGAAAGAGAAGAGAUUGUGGCGGUGGGUGGAGGGACAGGGGAGGUGGGAGAAGGUGCAAAGAAGGCAAGGCAUGAGACGGGGAGUAUCGGGGUUGAAGGAGGCGAUAAGGGGAAGGAAUCCGCUGCUGCAGCUGCCGCCGCCACCGUUGCUGCUGCUGCUUCUGCUUCCGCUGCCAAAGCUUCUGCGUCUGCUGUCGCUGCUGCUGCUGCUGCGGCUGGUAAAGGGGCUUCCACUCCUGCCGUCACACCGAAGUCGCCACCUGGUGCCAGAGGAAGGAAGAAAGCAGCAGAUACAGCUAGUAAAGCAGCAGAUACAGCUAGUAAAGCAGCAACUGACGCACCUGCUGCUGCUGCUGUGGCCACGGCUGAGUUAGCAGCUGAGGGAGGGAAGAAAAAGAGCACUCGUCGCAGGACCAGCAGCAGAAGCAGCAGCAGCAGCAGCAGUGACAGCAGCGGCAGUAGUGGCAGCAAGGGUGCGGCAUUAUCCGCCAGUAGCAGCAGCACCAGUGACGGUGCUGACGUGGACAGUGACAUGGACAGUGCCAGCAGUGACCUGGCAGAGCCACCUGUCGACGCAGCCGCAGGAGCGGAGGAAGCAAAAUCCGCCUUUGACGCCCUAAAGCAAGCUAAGGGACGCACGGAAACGAAAGCCAAGAGAAAAAACAGGGGAAAAGGGGCCGGGGCAGGAGGCGCAGGAGGAGGAGGAGCAGGCGAUGGGUUGGUGGCGCUGGCAGCGAAGCUGGUGCAGUAUGAUCCGGUGGCAGCUGCCACUUGGAAGAGCGGCGAGCGGGUGCCCUUCCUCUACCUCGCCCAGGCGCUUGACAGUACGUUGGUUUGGGCUUUGGGCUGUGCGUGGUGGGCUGUGCGUGGUGGGCUGUGCGUGGUGGGCUGUGCGUGGUGGGCUGUGCGUGGUGGGCUGUGCGUGGUGGGCUGUGCGUGGUGGGCUGUGCGUGCUGGGCUGUGCGUGCUGGGCUGUGCGUGCUGGGCUGUGCGUGCUGGGCUGUGCGUGGUGGGCUGUGCGUGGUGGGCUGUGCGUGGUGGGCUGUGCGUGGUGGGCUGUGCGUGCUGGGCUGUGCGUGGUGGGCUGUGCGUGGUGGGCUGUGCGUGCUGGGCUGUGCGUGCUGGGCUGUGCGUGGUGGGCUGUGCGUGGUGGGCUGUGCGUGGUGGGCUGUGCGUGGUGGGCUGUGCGUGGUGGGCUGUGCGUGGUGGGCUGUGCGUGGUGGGCUGUGCGUGCUGGGCUGUGCGUGCUGGGCUGUGCGUGCUGGGCUGUGCGUGGUGGGCUGUGCGUGCUGGGCUGUGCGUGCUGGGCUGUGCGUGCUGGGCUGUGCGUGCUGGGCUGUGCGUGGUGGGCUGUGCGUGCUGGGCUGUGCGUGCUGGGCUGUGUGUGGUGGGCUGUGCGUGGUGGGCUGUGCGUGGUGGGCUGUGCGUGGUGGGCUGUGCGUGGUGGGCUGUGCGUGGUGGGCUGUGCGUGGUGGGCUGUGCGUGGUGGGCUGUGCGUGCUGGGCUGUGCGUGCUGGGUGGUGGGCUGUGCGUGGUGGGCUGUGCGUGGUGGGCUGUGCGUGGUGGGCUGUGCGUGGUGGGCUGUGCGUGGUGGGCUGUGCGUGCUGGGCUGUGCGUGGUGGGCUGUGCGUGGUGGGCUGUGCGUGGUGGGCUGUGCGUGGUGGGCUGUGCGUGGUGGGCUGUGCGUGGUGGGCUGUGCGUGGUGGGCUGUGCGUGGUGGGCUGUGCGUGGUGGGCUGUGCGUGGUGGGCUGUGCGUGCUGGGCUGUGCGUGGUGGGCUGUGCGUGGUGGGCUGUGCGUGGUGGGCUGUGCGUGGUGGGCUGUGCGUGGUGGGCUGUGCGUGCUGGGCUGUGCGUGGUGGGCUGUGCGUGGUGGGCUGUGCGUGGUGGGCUGUGCGUGGUGAGCUGUGCGUGCUGGGCUGUGCGUGCUGGGCUGUGCGUGGUGGGCUGUGCGUGGUGGGCUGUGCGUGGUGGGCUGUGCGUGGUGGGCUGUGCGUGCUGGGCUGUGCGUGGUGGGCUGUGCGUGGUGGCUGUGCGUGCUGGGCUGUGCGUGCUGGGCUGUGCGUGGUGGGCUGUGCGUGGUGGGCUGUGCGUGGUGGGCUGUGCGUGGUGGGCUGUGCGUGGUGGGCUGUGCGUGGUGGGCUGUGCGUGGUGGGCUGUGCGUGGUGGGCUGUGCGUGGUGGGCUGUGCGUGGUGGGCAGUGCGUGGUGGGCUGUGCGUGGUGGGCUGUGCGUGGUGGGCUGUGCGUGGUGGGCUGUGCGUGGUGGGCUGUUUGGCUGGGCUGUGCGUGCUGGGCUGUGCGUGGUGGGCUGUGCGUGGUGGGCUGUGCGUGGUGGGCUGUGCGUGGUGGGCUGUGCGUGGUGGGCUGUGCGUGGUGGGCUGUGCGUGGUGGGCUGUGCGUGGUGGGCUGUGCGUGGUGGGCUGUGCGUGGUGGGCUGUGCGUGGUGGGCUGUGCGUGCUGGGCUGUGCGUGGUGGGCUGUGCGUGCUGGGCUGUGCGUGCUGGGCUGUGCGUGCUGUGCGUGGUGGGCUGUGCGUGGUGGGCUGUGCGUGGUGGGCUGUGCGUGGUGGGCUGUGCGUGGUGGGCUGUGCGUGGUGGGCUGUGCGUGGUGGGCUGUGCGUGGUGGGCUGUGCGUGGUGGGCUGUGCGUGGUGGGCUGUGCGUGGUGGGCUGUGCGUGGUGGGCUGUGCGUGCUGGGCUGUGCGUGGUGGGCUGUGCGUGGUGGGCUGUGCGUGCUGGGCUGUGCGUGCUGGGCUGUGCGUGCUGGGCUGUGCGUGCUGGGCUGUGCGUGCUGGGCUGUGCGUGCUGGGCUGUGCGUGCUGGGCUGUGCGUGCUGGGCUGUGCGUGCUGGGCUGUGCGUGGUGGGCUGUGCGUGGUGGGCUGUGCGUGGUGGGCUGUGCGUGGUGGGCUGUGCGUGGUGGGCUGUGCGUGCUGGGCUGUGCGUGCUGGGCUGUGCGUGCUGGGCUGUGCGUGGUGGGCUGUGCGUGGUGGGCUGUGCGUGGUGGGCUGUGCGUGGGCUGUGCGUGCUGGGCUGUGCGUGCUGGGCUGUGCGUGCUGGGCUGUGCGUGGUGGGCUGUGCGUGGUGGGCUGUGCGUGGUGGGCUGUGCGUGGUGGGCUGUGCGUGGUGGGCUGUGCGUGGUGGGCUGUGCGUGGUGGGCUGUGCGUGGUGGGCUGUGCGUGGUGGGCUGUGCGUGCUGGGCUGUGCGUGCUGGGCUGUGCGUGGUGGGCUGUGCGUGGUGGGCUGUGCGUGGUGGGCUGUGCGUGGUGGGCUGUGCGUGGUGGGCUGUGCGUGGUGGGCUGUGCGUGGUGGGCUGUGCGUGGUGGGCUGUGCGUGGUGGGCUGUGCGUGGUGGGCUGUGCGUGGUGGGCUGUGCGUGGUGGGCUGUGCGUGGUGGGCUGUGCGUGGUGGGCUGUGCGUGCUGGGCUGUGCGUGGUGGGCUGUGCGUGGUGGGCUGUGCGUGCUGGGCUGUGCGUGCUGGGCUGUGCGUGGUGGGCUGUGCAUGGUGGGCUGUGCGUGGUGGGCUGUGCGUGGUGGGCUCUGCGUGGUGGGCUGUGCGUGGUGGGCUGUGCGUGGUGGGCUGUGCGUGCUGGGCUGUGCGUGGUGGGCUGUGCGUGCUGGGCUGUGCGUGGUGGGCUGUGCGUGGUGGGCUGUGCGUGGUGGGCUGUGCGUGGUGGGCUGUGCGUGGUGGGCUGUGCGUGGUGGGCUGUGCGUGGUGGGCUGUGCGUGGUGGGCUGUGCGUGGUGGGCUGUGCGUGCUGGGCUGUGCGUGGUGGGCUGUGCGUGCUGGGCUGUGCGUGGUGGGCUGUGCGUGGUGGGCUGUGCGUGGUGGGCUGUGCGUGGUGGGCUGUGCAUGGUGGGCUGUGCGUGGUGGGCUGUGCGUGCUGGGCUGUGCGUGGUGGGCUGUGCGUGCUGGGCUGUGCGUGGUGGGCUGUGCGUGGUGGGCUGUGCGUGCUGGGCUGUGCGUGCUGGGCUGUGCGUGCUGGGCUGUGCGUGCUGGGCUGUGCGUGCUGGGCUGUGCGUGCUGGGCUGUGCGUGCUGGGCUGUGCGUGCUGGGCUGUGCGUGCUGGGCUGUGCGUGCUGGGCUGUGCGUGCUGGGCUGUGCGUGCUGGGCUGUGCGUGCUGGGCUGUGCGUGGUGGGCUGUGCGUGGUGGGCUGUGCGUGGUGGGCUGUGCGUGGUGGGCUGUGCGUGGUGGGCUGUGCGUGCUGGGCUGUGCGUGGUGGGCUGUGCGUGCUGGGCUGUGCGUGGUGGGCUGUGCGUGCUGGGCUGUGCGUGCUGGGCUGUGCGUGGUGGGCUGUGCGUGGUGGGCUGUGCGUGGUGGGCUGUGCGUGGUGGGCUGUGCGUGGUGGGCUGUGCGUGGUGGGCUGUGCGUGGUGGGCUGUGCGUGGUGGGCUGUGCGUGGUGGGCUGUGCGUGGUGGGCUGUGCGUGGUGGGCUGUGCGUGGUGGGCUGUGCGUGGUGGGCUGUGCGUGGUGGGCUGUGCGUGGUGGGCUGUGCGUGGUGGGCUGUGCGUGGGUGGGCUCUGCGUGCUGGGCUGUGCGUGCUGGGCUGUGCGUGGUGGGCUGUGCGUGGUGGGCUGUGCGUGGUGGGCUGUGCGUGGUGGGCUGUGCAUGGUGGGCUGUGCGUGGUGGGCUGUGCGUGGUGGGCUGUGCGUGGUGGGCUGUGCGUGCUGGGCUGUGGGCACGAAUAUCCAACGAAUCUGGACGGUUGGCGAUCACGGAGAUCAUGUGCAACGUGUUCCGCACAGUCAUGGCCACGUCACCAGACGACCUGCUGCCCAUCGUGUACCUGGCGGCCAAUCGCGUUGCGCCACCUCACGAGGGCGUGGAGCUGGGGAUUGGCGAUGCGACCAUCAUCCGCGCUCUGGCUGAGGCGACCGGGAGGAAGGAGGCGGUGGUUAAGUCGGAGUACAAGGAGUGUGGCGACCUGGGGCUGGUGGCGAAGGCCAGCCGCACCACGCAGCGCAUGAUGAUGCAGCCGGCGCCACUCACGUGCCACAAGGUCUUUGAAGCCUUCCGAUUCAUCGCCAAGGAGUCAGGCAGUCAGAGUGUGGAGAAGAAGCGGGCGCGGAUAAAGCAGCUGCUGGUGUCGGCGCGGCAGCAGGAGCCACAGUUCAUAGUGCGCCUGCUGCAGGGCAAGAUGCGCAUCGGCCUCGCAGAACAGACGGUGCUCGCCGCCCUGGCUCAGGCUGCUGUCAUGCACGAGGACUUCCGAGAGGGCACCGGUGUUGCUGCUGGUGAUGCUGCCGCUGCUGCUGCUGGUGCUGCUGGUGCUGGUGGUGGUGGUGCGGGUGGUGACGAUAAGGAUGGGGGCAAUAAGGAGGGUGGGGAUGGGGCUGCUGCGGCAAUUGGGAGAGGAGGGGAUGGGGGGACGGAGGGAGAGGUUGAGGAAAAAUGGCCGGGGAAGGAGAGUCAAGGAGGAAAGGUGCUUUCAAAGAGGGAAAAACUGGCUCGACUGCCGGGAAGACUAGAAGAGGCAGUGCGCAUCAUGAAGCAUGCGUACUCAGUCCUCCCAGUUUACGACCAAGUUGUUCCAUCCCUAUUAAGAGACGGCAUAUGGGCCGUUCCCGAGGCGUGUCAGUUCACCUUGGGAGUGCCGGUGGGGCCCAUGCUGGCGAAGCCCACACGGGGGAUAUCGGAGAUUCUGGACAAGCUGCAGGGGCUGACGUUCACGUGCGAGUAUAAGUACGAUGGGGAGCGCACACAGGUGCAUGGGCUAGCGGACGGCACAGUGCAGAUCUACAGCCGCAAUGCGGAGUGCACCACUGGCAAGUUCCCCGACCUCGUACAGGCUGUUCAGAAGCACAAGAAGGCCCAUGUGCACAAGUUUGUGCUGGGUGCAGAGGCAGUGGCAUACAACAGGGAUAGCCCAGCACAAGAAGGCCCACGUUUAUGUUGGAUGCAGAGGGCAGUGGCGUAUGACAGGAGGAGAGACAAGAUUCUGCCGUUCCGGUUGCUUAGUUCUCCUCUGUUUCCCCUCUUCCUUACUUGCAGGCACAAGAAAAGUCACGUGCAGACGUUUGUAUUGGAUGCAGAAGCAGUGGCGUACGACAGGGAGAGCGACAAGAUUCUGCCCUUCCAGGUGCUAAGCACGCGGGCGCGGAAGGGCGUCAUCAUGAGCGACAUUAAAGUGCAGGUGUGCAUGUUCGCAUUCGAUCUGCUCUACCUCAACGGCCAGCAGCUGCUCACAGAGAAGCUCGUGCGGCGGAGAGAGGUGAGGCACGGCAGAGAGGUGAGGCACGGCAGAGAGGUGAGGCACCACAGAGAGCUGCUGCUGGAGUCGUUUGAGGCGGCCAAGGGCGAGUUCCAGUUCGCGACGGCCAUCACGACCAGCAAGGAGGAGGAGCUGCAGGCGUUCUUUGACGACGCUGUCAACCACAGCUGCGAGGGCGCCAUGGUGAAGACCCUGGACGUGGAUGCCACAUACGAGCCGGCCAAGAGGAGCAACAACUGGCUCAAGCUCAAGAAGGACUACAUGGAAGGGUGCGGUGGGGAUGGGUCGUGUGUGUGGUGGUGUGGUGGGGAUGGGUCGUGCGUGUGGUGGUGUGGUGGGGAUGGGUCGUGCGUGUGGUGGUGUGGUGGGGAUGGGUCGUGCGUGUGGUGGUGCGGUGGGCUGGGCGACUCCUUGGACCUUGUGCUCAUCGGGGCGUUCCACGAGGUGCCUCAUGAUCCCCCACUACCCUCACUCCCGCUGGGCGACUCCUUGGACCUUGUGCCAAUCGGGGCGUUCCAUGGCCGUGGCAAGCGAACAGGUGUCUUCGGGGCGUUCCUCCUGGCGUGCUACGACCCUGACACGGAGGAGUACCAGUCCAUCUGCAAGAUCGGCACCGGCUUCUCCGAAGCAGCGCUGGAGGAGCGAUCCGCAUCGCUGCGCAAGCGAGUCAUUGACAAGCCGCCUCCCUACUAUCGGUAUGGGGAGACGCUAGGAGUGGAAGUGUGGUUCGAGCCGUCAGAGGUGUGGGAGGUGCGGGCGGCGGAUUUGUCCAUUAGUCCCGUGCACCGGGCGGCAACCGGGCACGUGAAUGAGACGAAAGGAAUCGCUCUGCGCUUCCCCCGGUUCCUGAGGCUGCGAGAUGAUAAGAGCGCGGAGCAGGCCACUUCCAGCGAACAGGUUGCUCAAAUGUACAAUGCACAGAAGAUCAAUCACGUAGGCGGCAGGGCCAAGGAUGACUAG